CCAUUUAAUUAGUCCCCCAUAAUGCAAUGCGCAUCUGUCAUGGCUGCUCACUGAUGCCACUUACACCACAUGGGUGGAAAUCAUAGUCAGUGAAAGAAAGGUGGAAAUAAACGUUGGAAGUGGGACUGAGAAACAGAGCGUGGCUCUUUAGGAAGGUUUUGACCUAGGAGAGUCCAGACUGAAGGCAGUCGUACCACUGACCAGAGACGGGACCGGAGACCGUAGCCAUGCCGCUGGACGCAGAGGUCCCCGUCCUCCGAGGCUUCCUGACAGCGAGCGAGGCAGCGCAGUGGAGGCAGACUCUUUCCAGAAGUGGAGAGGCGGGCUCUCUGCUGGAGUCGUUGAUGGAGGGAGACUUUGAGGCGGUUCUUCUGAGCCCCCAGGUGUCAGAUCUGCUUGCUGGAGAUGGCAGCUACAGCGAUGGGGAGGACAUCGAGGCCUACCUGGAGAAACGGGUCUUGCUGUACCUUACUUGUGGCACCAACGGUGAUCAGACCAACAGGGAGCUGGCAGUGAUGGCCCUGGCUGUCUCUUGUCUCCACAUGUUUGCCCAGAGUAACUGGACUGGUCCUCCCGUCUCCUUCCAUAUCUGUGACCUGUUGCCCCAGGCCCUGCUCUCCACUCAGCCCCAGACCCUGGUUGAGGCCAUCCACUCCAGCCUGCUCCUGGAUGGGGAGUCUGUGUACAGCCUGGUGGCCAACCCCUUCCUCCUCCUGCUGGCCAGGGUGAUUCUCAACAAGUGCUGCUCGAAGAUGGACAGCCUCCAGCUGCUGCCCUGGUGGACCCUGCGCUACAUCAACCUGCACCAGCAAAUCCUGGAGGCCCGUUCUCCACAGCUCCUCAACUUGGCCCACAGCAGCAUUGCCAAAGUGCUGACAUGCCCCACUCUGUUCUCGGAGCACAGAAACCUGGCCAUCCAGUUCCACCUGGAGUGUGUCUACGCCAGUCUGACCUACUACGAUUACCAGCCAGCCAAGGACCACAUCAACCAGGCCCAGGAGCUGUCAGGGCUGGAUAUCAACAUGACUGGUGCUCUUGGCAAACGGACCCAUUUCCAGCAAAAGUACUUGGCUCAGCUCAUCCUCGAGGUCAAGAGAACGCCGACGCAGCCGGGCCAGAUGGGUGAUGAGGCCAGUCCCACUCCCACACCCCCCGCCAGCCUGCCCAAGGACUACAGUCUGGGGGAUGACACGGUGCUGGAUAAGAUCAACCUAGCGGAGCCAGAUCAGUAUGAGCUGCCUGACCUCAGCGCAGAGGAGCAGGCCGUCAUCCUAGGCGUCUGCACUGACUUCCAGAAGAAUAACCCUGUCCACAAACUGACUGAAGAGGAACUCCUGGCCUUCACAUCAUGUCUUCUGUCCCAGCCUAAGUUCUGGGCUGUAGAAGUCUCGGCGCUGUGCCUCCGGACCAAACUGGAGAAGGGGAGCUCCAGAUGUGUGGAGAGAGCCAUGCUGCAGACCCAGGCGAUAGUAGACCACUUUGAAGACAAGAACUGUCCCGUGACCGAGAGGCUGAAGGGGUUCUAUUUCUGCCAAGCCCCCCCCAGAUGGGCUGUCCAGAAACAGCUGGCCAGCCUGCUGACGGACCUCGGCUGCACCAGCUCAGCCCUGCUCCUAUAUGAGAAGCUGGAGCUCUGGGAGGAUGUAGUUAUCUGCUAUGAGAGGCUGGGCCAACACGGCAAGGCUGAGGAGAUAGUUCGCCGGGAGUUGGAGAAGAAGGAGCUGCCCAGUCUGUACUGCUUGCUGGGAGACAUCCUGAGGGAGCAUCAGUACUACGACCGUGCGUGGGAGCUGUCGGGCCGCCGCAGUGCCAGAGCCAUGCGCUCCAAAGCCCUGCUGCACCUCCGCAACAAAGAGUUCCAGCAGUGUGUGGACUGCUUUGAGCACUCACUGCAAAUCAACGGCAUGCAGGUACAAGACGUUUUACUGAAAAAUGUACUCGCAAAACUAAGAUUCUUGUAACGCUAAGAAAACGUCAUAAAAUGAUUACUAUAUUAUUAUAAACCUGAUAUUCCAGACAUGUUGUUCGGUGUGCUGCCCUGUAGUGUAGCGUUGGGUUCAGCCUGACACACAGCUCUACGUGGGAUCAGAAUAGAACAGGGAAGAGAAAUGGCCUGGUGACCAGUGCAGGGGAAUGCACUUGGCCGUGCUCCGCGGCAUGUCGUGGCGCUCUCGCCUCCGGUCUAUUGGCCGGCUCAGUGUGCUCUGUGCAGCGCGCCGAGACUCCGUCAGAACAGACAGGGCUGGUAUGUUUACUGGAGCAGAACAGACAGCUGCUUCUGAAACGCUGAUGGAAACUCGAGCACAGGCCAAAUCUCAUCAGAUCAUGUUAAAUCAAACAGCCUCCAAUAAUAAUCAUUUACAGCAUAAUGUGGGUUAUACAUGUGAGCACAAUAAGACAUAUGCUAAUGUAACUGAAAAUCUUAGAACAAACAAACGUCAAUACAAAGUUAAGACACCCAAAUACAUAUCUAUAUGUUAUUAUACCAGUCUACUCACAUGUUUAUAAUCACACACAUGGAUGGAUGACUCAGGCUGCAACUUUUCAAUUAGUGGAAGUAAUUGAAAUACUCCUAUGCACAUGUUUAAUUUUUAAUUAGUCAGUUUAUUUUGUUAUUUUAAAUUUCAUAGCAUAAGAUCUGCUUUCCAGUUUUAAAGCCUAUUGUGGCCUGUUGCCUUCUGGGAAAGUGUUUGUUCAGUGUUCAAUUCAAUUUAUUUAUGGUAUCAGAUCAUAUCAAGAGUUAUCUCAAGACACUUUACAGAUAGAACAUGUCUAGACCACACUCUAUAAUUUACAGAUAGAACAUGUCUAGACCACACUCUAUAAUUUACAGAUAGAACAUGUCUAGACCACACUAUAAUUUACAGAUAGAGCAGGUCUAGACCACACUAUAAUUUACAGAUAGAGCAGGUCUAGACCACACUCUAUGAUUUACAAAGACCCAGACCCAACAUUUCCAGUAAUUCCCCCAAGAGCAAGCAUUGAGUGCAACAGUGGUGAGGAAAAACUCCUUUUAAGGAGAAACCUGGGACAGACCCAGGCUCUUGGUAGGUGGAGUCUGACGAUGCCAGUUGGGGGUGUGAGGAACAGUGGCAAUAAUAGUCACAAUAAAGAUAAUGGAACUAUGACUAGAAAUAGUAGUUAUGGGGACUAUGCUCCCCAGAGCUAGGUUAAUAACAAGCAUUACUGGGACAUGGAUCCACACAGAGGGAAAGAGAGAGGAGAGAGGAG